UUGUAUGCUCCACUCAUGCUCGGUACGGCGUCGUAAUAUCACGACUGGCUUCUGUUGCUUUCGCCUUAGCUGUGCCGAAGUCCCAGUUCGUGUGUGACGUUUGUCGUGCAAGUUUGUUUGAGCUAAAUGAGAAUUCUGAUUGUUGAAAGAAAAUAAUUUGUCAUUGAUUUCACAAAGAAUUACAUAAUUUUACCACGUUUAAUCAGCAUUUAGUGCCAAUUGAAUUUGUUGUAUCAACAAUUGCGGGGGUGUAAUUGCGCAGUUGGUGUGUGUUGAAUUGCAAAAGUAAAUCUGCGGUCGGGGGUACAAUAAAUUGAUUUUCCAUCGCGCUUGUGUGUUGACUUUACACAUUUUUUGUGCUUCACUGGCAGACGGUGGUGGUUGAAAAUGGUUGAUUCGAUGGAGUACAAUGCAAAGAAAUAUCCCAUCAUACAUUUGUAUGAAGAAUGGGAGUUGUCGCCCAACAUAAUAAAGACUCUGAUUACGUGUGGCAUCACAAAUAAAGCCAUUUUGCGACAAAUGCAUCAGCACGACCUCAAUGAUAUCUUCCCGAAGAGGAGUCAAAUUGGGGAUAAAAUAUUCUUCAGGUGCAAGCUGCAGGCAUGGCGUGAGGAGUACAGGCACCCACCCUUGAUUUGUUGUGACACGAAUAAAGCAAAAACAUUGGACAAGAUGGAUGUUGACAUGGAUGACCUCUCCAUCUCACCCAUUUCGUCGAGAUCCUCUUCGCCAGAAGCGAGUUCAUCGCUCCCAAAGGCAAUUGCAAUGCCACUCUUGGCACCACUUUCAAUGCCUACCCCACGCCAAGAGGCCCCAAAUCCACCACCGCACGUACAACCACUUCCCUUCCUCAAUCCACUGGACAUGAAACCCAAAAUGCUAUCCCAAAUGAUGUCAGCCAUGGAGGCAACAAAAAAGACCACAAUUGGUACACCGAGUGUGGACUUUACAGAUUUUUCUCGUAACUUUGAGGACAAUUUUGAUUUGGAGACGGAACUCAAGAAGUCCUUUCAGGGACAGAAGAUUCUUGAGAAUUAUCGCAAAUAUAAAAUUCUCGGAAAAUCAGAUCAGAACAAUCUCACGCGUGUUGUUGCUAAUUUCCACUUGAUGACCAAAAUGCCACUUUCCGCACAAAUCUACAUGUUCUACGCAGCAAAGAUUCAGGAACUCUUCCCAACGGAGAAUAAGGAGACCUAUUACAUUCCGGCAAACUACAAACAACGUCGUGCACCGAGAGGAAAGCUCUACGAUCGCUUUUGCAACAUGAAACGCCAAUCAAAAAACGAUGAUGAUGUAUUUGUCCCAACAAUUCGUUCAUACGGCAGCUAUCAAGCUCAAACACCGAGUCAGAGCAAUACAACUUCGCAAUCCAUGAAAUUCCCUUUAGAAUACACUGAUGAAGACUAUGAAGCCAUCAAGGAAUGGCUGUUCCACACAACAGAGCCGUGGGAGGACAUUGUUGGGGAAUGGAAGAAGUCCUCUCCGUAUCGUCUUAAUGAUAUUCGUGAUGAUUCCGACCCAUCAAAGAGCAUUGAGAAAUGGCCACGAUAUAGAGAUCCUCAGGGCUUUGAAUUGAUUGAUGUGGAUUUUUCUGUGAUGUAUCCGGAUAAAUCCGUUGAGAUGCUCAUAAAUUUUGAUCAGUUUGCUGAGAAAAUUCAACCAAUCUACAGGUCAGAGAUUAAAGAUAAAUGGAGUGCCAAACAUUUAGACUGUCUCGAUAAUUUUGAGAUAAAUAAAGAUACAAAAGACUGCAUUACAACACUCCUAAUGCAUGCAGUGAUGCACCCACCAGUCCUUCCUGGACGCAUUAAGCUUUCCAUCACAGAUGCGCAGCGUGAUUUUGUGCUACAUAUCUGUAACAUAAUGGAUUUGGACAAUGAGAGGGAUAAAUGGGAUCCAUCGGAACCCAAGAUUAUCGUCGUUGGGCCAAAAUUGGAGAAUCUUCAGGAAUUCUAUGUGGAUUACGAUGGGAUCCUUUAUCAGCUUCCUACAUUUAUCAAAUGCUUGGAUACCGUCAUGAAGCUCUGCUUUGUCUUCAACAUAAACUACCCCAUCCGAAGCAAGUACAUUUGGACAUUCUUUCAGUUGUACUUUUUCAAAAUUGAAUCACCCGACUGCCAUCCAAAAAUUGCCAAUCUUCUGGGAAAGAUGACAAAGUAGGAAUUAAAUUUUACUUCAAAAAUAGUAAGAAAUCAUAAGAAGUAAGAUUACCUAACUAAAGAAUUAAUCUUCUAGUGAAAUAAAUCAAAAUCUAUCUGACACUAAA